AUGUCAUCAGAAAAACCAACUACGUCACAUUUAGAAUCCUAUGAUUUCAACAAACCAUCUACUCAAUAUGAAGAAGAUGUUAAACCAAAAACAUCCGACGCGGAAUAUGGUCUUGGUGUUGAGGAAAUCAACGAGUUAGAAUAUUAUGAUCUUCCAGAGCUGCUUCAACAUAUGACUCAAGAAGAAUUGAAGGCAUUGGACAAGAAGACUACCAGAAAGAUUGAUUUUAGAAUCUUACCUAUUUUAAUCGUGCUUUACAUUUUAAAUUAUAUUGAUAGAACAGGUAUCGCAACAGCUAGAUUGGGCACUUUAGAAGAAGAUUUGAACUUGACUGGUAGUGACUAUCAGAUUGCUUUGUCCAUUUUGUUUGCUGGUUAUAUUCUUUUCCAAGUUCCAUCAAACAUGUUGAUGAAUAAAUUGGGUCGUCCUUCAACUUACCUUGCCGUUGUUAUGACAAUUUGGGGUGCUAUAUCUACUUGUACUGCUGCCGUACAAGGUUUUGGUGGAUUAGCUGCUGUACGUGUAUUGCUUGGUGUUGUCGAAUCUGCUUUUUUCCCUGGUGCCUUGAUGAUCUUGUCCAGUUGGUAUGACAAAAAGAGUCUUGCAUUGAGAAACUCCAUUUUAUAUUCCGGUUCAUUGAUCAGUUCAGCAUUUGGUGGAUUAAUCUCUGCUGCCAUCUUACAAAUGGACGGUUUGGGUGGUGUUUCAGGCUGGAGAUAUAUCUUUAUCAUUGAAGGUGGUUGUACUGUUUUGGUUGCACCACUUGCUUAUUUCAUUUUGCCAGAUAACCCAGACAACACUAAAUUCUUGACUCAAGAAGAAAAAGACAUUGUUAUGUGGAAAUUGAAGAAAGAUCUUGGUAAUGUUAAUGAUUCCGAUAAAGAAGCCAAAGAAUCUGAAUGGCAAGGUUUCUUACAUGCUAUUAAAGAUAUCAAAGUCUGGUUAUUGGUUGCUACUCACUCAUUUUUGGUUGCUGCAUGUGGUAUUACAAAUUUCUUCCCAUCCGUUGUCCAAACCUUGAACUUCUCCAGAACCAUCACCUUAUGUUUAACUGCACCACCUUAUGUUAUUGCCGUUGUUGCAACUUUCCUCUGGUCUAUGCAUGCUGAUCGCACAGGAGAAAGAUUCUGGCAUAUCACAGUGCCAUUAUUACUUUCAUUGGCUGCUUUUAUUAUUGCCGCUGCUCUGUUGAAUCUCGGUGCUCGUUACUUCAGUAUGUGUUUGAUGAUUCCAUCCCUUUAUUGUGCAUUCGUUGUCAUUCUUACUUGGAUCUCUAAUUGUUGUCCACGUCCACCAGCUAAACGUGCUGCUUCCAUUGCAUUGGUUAACUGUUUGAGUAACUCCACCUCUAUCUGGAACGCUUACUUGUACCCAUCCAGUGAUGCUCCUCGUUACUUGAUUGCCUUUUGCUGUAACUGUGGUUUUAUCGUUGCCUCCAUUGCUUUUGCUAUUGGUUUGAGAAUUAGAUUAAUGGUCUUGAACAAGAGAAUUGAAAGAGGAACAAUAAAUUGGCAAAAGGAAUUUGGACAAGGGAAUGAUGGAUCUAAGAUCUCUGCUGAUUUCAGAUUCUUAUAUUAG